GAGCGCGAGAGCGAGAGCGAGCGAGCGAGCGCUGCUGGUAGUGUUCCACUCAGACAUGAGAGAUUAAAACCAUCACCUGGGCUCCCGGCUAACUCCCCCUCCACAGCCUCAGUGGUGCAGACCCGUUUAGAAUGCAUGUGCCUUUCUCUUUCCAAAGCAUUGUAGGAUUGGCUCCCGCCUUCCAUUCAUGUAACCUGCGUGUGUGUGUGUGUAUGUGUGUGUGUGUGUGUGUUGCUAGCUCGCCCUCUCUGUGUAUGUGUGUAAGAGAGAGACGGGGGGAGGGAGGGGAAGAAGAGAAGGGAAGCUAUUAAAAAAAAAUAUACCCCAACCCCAAGCCUCAGGAUUGCAGCUGUUUAAUGUGGGCCAGCAGUCCUACCAGAAACACUUCGCCUGGAGAAACCUGGACCGGCCUUUCGGGUGUGUGUCUGCGAGAGACAGGGAUUUUCUUCUAUUUCCUCGCGCCCCUCUUGUUAUUGUGGAGCCUGCCUGAGAGGAUGAGAGCCCGGACCUCCCUGUAGUUGCCCAGUUUGGGAUCGUGGAGAGAAGGAGCCAGUACGUCUCGGAGAAGAGUGGCUUUAUUUAUAUAGAAGAAAAACGCACAAUUUCCUUUUUCCUUCCCUUGCCUUUUGCCCCCGGGAGCCUGCAGACACGAUGGCAAAACUGAACAUUGGAUUGCAGAAGUGAUCUGUUCAUCAAACAAAAGGUUCCCGACCUACUCCUAAAACAACCCACGGUCAGAUGGCAUUGGUAAGAGGACUGCAGAGCCCAAGGACAUUGCUAAUUCUUUGGAACCCGCUGUCAUGGAGCAAGAAGAUUCAGAUUCGAUUGCUGUGAGGACUCUGGUUUUGGAUGCUGAAAAGCCUGAGGUGAGCGCCAUGGAUGUGAAGGAAAGGAAGCCGUACCGUUCCCUGACCAGGCGCCGGGACACCGAACGCCGUUAUACUAGCUCCUCGGCAGAAAGCGAAGAGGGCAAAGCACCCCAAAAGUCCUAUAGCUCCAGCGAGACCCUGAAGGCCUAUGACCAAGAUGCCCGCCUGACUUAUGGCAGCCGGGUCAAAGAUAUGGUGCACCAGGAGGCGGACGAGUUCUGCCGAGGAGGUGCCAACUUCACUCUUCGAGAGCUGGGGCUGGGAGAGGUGACCCCACCCCAUGGGACUCUGUACAGGACGGACAUUGGCCUGCCCCAUUGUGGCUACUCCAUGGGGGCUGGCUCUGAUGCAGAUGCUGAGGCAGAGGUGGUCUUGUCCCCUGAGCAUCCAGUCAGACUGUGGGGCCGUAGCACCCGGUCCGGAAGGAGCUCCUGCCUGUCGAGCCGGGCCAACUCCAACCUCACCCUCACUGACACUGAGCAUGAGAACACAGAGACUGAUCACCCAGCAAGCCUUCAGAACCCGUCCAGGUUGAGGACUCCACCUCCUCCACUGUCUCACGCCCACACCCCCAACCAGCAUCACGCGGCCUCCAUCAACUCCCUGAAUCGAGGGAACUUCACGCCACGUAGCAACCCCAGCCCAGCACCGACAGACCACUCUCUUUCCGGAGAGCACCCCGUCGGCCCCCCAGAGUCCGCUCAUGCGCAAGAUAACUGGUUACUCAACAGUAACAUCCCACUGGAAACCAGAAACAUAGCGAAGCAGACAUUCCUAGAGACUUUGCAGGACAACCUCAUUGAGAUGGACAUUCUCACCUCCUCCCGCCAUGAUGGUGCUUACAAUGAUGGGCACUUCUUGUUUAAGCCGGGAGGUACAUCGCCCCUCUUUUGUACCACAUCUCCAGGAUACCCGCUGACGUCCAGCACUGUGUACUCUCCUCCCCCUAGGCCCCUCCCACGAAGCACGUUUUCCAGGCCUGCCUUUAACCUCAAGAAGCCCUAUAAGUACUGUAACUGGAAGUGCGCCGCACUCAGUGCUAUCAUCCUCUCAGUCACUCUGGUGGUGCUGUUGGCGUAUUUUGUCGCCAUGCACCUGUUUGGCCUAAACUGGCACCUGCAGCCGCUGGAAGGGCAGAUGUAUGAGAUGACGGAGGACACAGCCAGCAGUUGGCCUGUGCCAACAGACGUCUCCCUGUAUCCCUCAGGGGGCACAGGGUUAGAGUUACCUGACAGGAAAGGCAAAGAAGCCGGAGAAGGAAAGCCUAGUAGUUUCUUUCCAGAGGAGAGUUUUAUCGACUCGGGAGAAAUUGAUGUGGGGAGACGAGCAUCUCAGAAGAUCCCUCCAGGUAUUUUUUGGAGAUCUCAGGUGUUCAUAGAUCACCCAGUGCAUCUGAAAUUCAACGUGUCCUUGGGAAAAGCAGCUCUAGUUGGGAUUUAUGGCAGAAAAGGCCUUCCUCCUUCACACACACAGUUUGAUUUUGUGGAGCUUUUGGACGGCAGGCGGCUCUUGACUCAGGAGGCGAGGAGCUUGGAAGGCCCUCAGCGUCAGUCCAGAGGAUCUGCCCCUCCCUCCAGCCACGAGACUGGCUUCAUCCAAUAUUUGGAUUCUGGGAUUUGGCACCUGGCUUUCUACAAUGACGGAAAGGAAUCUGAGGUGGUUUCUUUUCUCACCACUGCUAUUGAAUCUGUGGAUAAUUGUCCAAGCAACUGCUAUGGGAAUGGGGAUUGUGUUUCUGGAACUUGCCAUUGUUUCCUUGGUUUCUUGGGUCCAGACUGCGGUAGAGCCUCCUGUCCCGUGCUUUGCAGUGGAAAUGGACAGUACAUGAAAGGGAGGUGUCUCUGCCACAGCGGCUGGAAAGGUGCUGAAUGCGAUGUGCCCACUAACCAGUGCAUUGAUGUGGCCUGCAGCAACCGGGGCACGUGCAUCAUGGGGACCUGCAUUUGCAAUCCAGGUUACAAGGGAGAGAGCUGUGAAGAAGUGGACUGCCUGGAUCCCACCUGCUCUGGACGAGGCGUCUGUGUCCGAGGUGAGUGCCACUGCUCUGUUGGCUGGGGAGGAACCAGCUGCGAGACACCAAGGGCCACAUGUUUGGACCAGUGUUCAGGCCACGGAACCUUCCUUCCCGACACAGGACUCUGCAGCUGUGAUCCCAACUGGACUGGACAUGAUUGUUCAAUUGAGAUCUGUGCAUCGGACUGUGGAGGCCAUGGAGUCUGCGUGGGAGGCACCUGUCGCUGUGAGGAUGGCUGGAUGGGGUCAGCCUGUGACCAGAGGGCAUGUCACCCUCGCUGUAAUGAGCACGGGACCUGCCGGGAUGGCAAAUGUGAAUGCAGCCCCGGCUGGAAUGGAGAACAUUGCACCAUUGCUCACUAUCUGGAUAAGGUAGUGAAAGAAGGCUGUCCUGGUUUGUGCAACGGGAAUGGAAGGUGUACCCUGGAUCUGAACGGAUGGCACUGUGUCUGUCAGCUGGGCUGGAGAGGUGCAGGCUGUGACACCUCCAUGGAAACCGCAUGUGGUGAUGGCAAAGACAAUGAUGGAGACGGCUUGGUGGACUGCAUGGACCUGAUUGCUGCUUACAGCCCCUAGUGUCACAUCAACGCUCUGUGCCUGGGUUCACCCGACCCUGUGGACAUCAUCCAGGAGCGCAGGGCCCCUGUCUCCUCACAGAAUCUGCGCUCAUUCUAUGAUCGCAUCAAGUUCCUGGUGGGAAAGGACAGUACCCACGUCGCAGGAGAGAAUCCCUUCGACGGAGGGCAUGCCUGUGUCAUUCGAGGCCAAGUGAUGACAUCCGAUGGAACUCCACUGGUUGGCGUGAACAUCAGUUUUGUCAACAACCCCCUCUUUGGGUAUACCAUCAGCAGACAAGAUGGCAGUUUUGAUCUGGUGACAAAUGGAGGGGUCUCCAUCAUCCUGAGGUUUGAGCGAGCGCCUUUUAUCACUCAAGAACACACACUCUGGCUCCCAUGGGAUCGCUUCUUCGUCAUGGAGACCAUCGUCAUGCGGCAUGAGGAGAACGAGAUCCCAAGCUGUGACCUCAGCAACUUUGCCCGCCCCAACCCGAUCGUCUCUCCUUCCCCCCUGACGGCCUUUGCAAGCUCAUGUGCAGAGAAAGGCCCUAUCGUUCCUGAAAUCCAGGCUUUACAAGAAGAGAUCAGCAUCUCCGGCUGUAGCAUGAAGUUGAACUACCUGAGCAGCCGGACACCUGGCUACAAGUCUGUCCUGAAGAUCAGUCUCACCCACCCCACCAUCCCCUUCAAUCUCAUGAAGGUCCAUCUCAUGGUCGCUGUGGAAGGGCGCCUCUUCAGGAAGUGGUUCGCUGCCGCCCCGGACCUCUCCUACUAUUUCAUCUGGGACAAGACCGACGUCUACAACCAGAAGGUCUUUGGCCUCUCAGAAGCCUUUGUUUCUGUCGGGUAUGAAUACGAAUCCUGCCCGGACUUGAUCUUAUGGGAGAAGAGGACCGCAGUACUUCAGGGCUAUGAAAUUGAUGCUUCCAAACUGGGAGGAUGGACCUUGGACAAGCACCAUGCCCUCAACAUCCAGAGUGGUAUACUACAUAAAGGAAAUGGAGAAAACCAGUUUGUUUCCCAGCAGCCUCCUGUCAUUGGGAGCAUCAUGGGGAAUGGACGAAGGAGAAGCAUUUCCUGUCCCAGCUGUAAUGGCCUUGCCGAUGGCAACAAGCUCCUGGCUCCGGUGGCCCUUGCAUGUGGCUCGGACGGGAGCCUCUACGUUGGUGACUUCAACUACAUUCGAAGGAUCUUCCCCUCUGGCAAUGUCACCAACAUCCUGGAGUUAAGAAAUAAAGAUUUCAGACAUAGCCAUAGUCCCGCUCAUAAGUACUAUCUGACAACAGACCCCAUCACUGGAUCCAUCUUCCUCUCUGACACCAACAGUCGUCGGGUCUUCAAGGUCAAGUCAACCACAGUCGUGAAGGAUGUUGUCAAGAAUUCGGAGGUGGUGGCCGGGACGGGAGAUCAGUGCCUUCCCUUUGAUGACACUCGCUGUGGUGAUGGUGGGAAGGCGACAGAAGCCACACUCACCAAUCCCAGAGGCAUUACAGUGGACAAAUUCGGGCUAAUCUACUUUGUGGAUGGCACCAUGAUCAGACGCAUUGAUCAGAAUGGGAUCAUCUCCACUCUCCUGGGAUCUAAUGACCUGACAUCUGCUCGGCCUCUCAGCUGUGACUCCGUGAUGGAUAUAUCUCAGGUUCGCCUAGAGUGGCCCACAGACUUGGCAAUCAACCCUAUGGAUAACUCCCUCUACGUUCUUGACAACAAUGUGGUCCUACAGAUCUCUGAGAACCAUCAAGUUCGCAUCGUCGCUGGCAGACCCAUGCACUGCCAGGUCCCUGGUAUUGACCACUUCUUACUGAGCAAGGUGGCGGUCCACGCAACUCUGGAGUCUGCCACAGCCCUGGCCGUCUCUCACACUGGGGUCCUCUACAUUGCCGAGACUGACGAAAAGAAAAUCAACCGAAUCAGGCAGGUCACCACUAAUGGGGAGAUUUCGCUGGUCGCUGGUGCCCCCAGUGGCUGUGACUGCAAGAAUGACGCCAACUGUGACUGUUUCUCUGGGGACGAUGGGUAUGCCAAGGAUGCUAAAUUGAAUUCCCCCUCUUCCCUUGCUGUGUGUGCUGAUGGGGAGCUCUAUGUGGCUGACCUGGGAAAUAUCAGGAUCCGCUUUAUCCGGAAAAACAAACCUUUCCUGAACACCCAGAAUUUGUAUGAGCUGGCCUCCCCCAUUGACCAGGAGCUCUACUUGUUCGACACCAGUGGUAAACAUCUGUAUACCCAGAGCCUCCCCACUGGAGAUUACCUGUACAACUUCACUUACACGGGUGAUGGUGACAUCACCCUCAUCACUGAUAACAAUGGCAACAUAGUGAACGUGCGGAGGGACUCCACUGGCAUGCCUCUCUGGCUGGUGGUUCCAGACGGCCAGGUAUACUGGGUGACGAUGGGUACCAAUAGCGCCCUGAAAAGUGUGACAACCCAAGGGCAUGAGCUGGCCCAGAUGACUUACCACGGCAACUCCGGUCUCCUUGCAACCAAAAGCAAUGAAAAUGGAUGGACGACAUUUUAUGAGUAUGACAGCUUUGGCCGCCUGACAAAUGUGACAUUCCCCACCGGCCAGGUGAGCAGCUUCCGCAGUGACACGGACAGCUCAGUGCAUGUCCAGGUGGAAACGUCCAGCAAGGACGACGUGACGAUAACCACCAACCUGUCAGCAUCUGGUGCCUUCUACACACUGCUGCAGGACCAAGUCCGAAACAGCUACUACCUAGGUGCUGACGGCUCCCUGAGAUUGAUGCUGGCCAAUGGGAUGGAAGUAGCCUUACAGACUGAACCUCACCUCCUGGCUGGCACGGUUAACCCCACGGUGGGCAAGAGGAACGUCACCCUGCCCAUUGACAACGGACUCAACCUUGUGGAAUGGAGACAGCGCAAAGAGCAGGCCAGGGGCCAGGUCACUGUCUUCGGACGCCGGCUACGGGUACACAACCGAAACCUCCUGUCCCUGGACUUUGAUCGAGUGACUCGAACAGAGAAGAUCUACGAUGACCACCGCAAGUUUACGCUUCGGAUCCUGUAUGACCAGGCUGGGAGGCCCAGUCUCUGGUCCCCCAGCAGCAGGCUGAAUGGGGUCAACGUGACCUACUCUGCAGGUGGCCACAUUGCCGGCAUCCAGAGGGGCACCAUGUCAGAAAGGAUGGAGCAUGACCAAGCAGGCCGUAUCACUUCCAGGAUCUUUGCAGAUGGGAAGUCCUGGAGCUACACUUACCUAGAGAAGUCCAUGGUGUUGCUUCUCCAUAGCCAAAGGCAGUACAUCUUUGAAUUUGACAAGAAUGACCGCCUCUCCUCCGUGACCAUGCCCAACGUGGCCCGGCAGACUCUGGAAACCAUCCGUUCCAUUGGCUACUACCGUAACAUCUACCGGCCCCCCGAGGGCAACGCCUCAGUCAUCCAAGACUUCACCGAGGACGGGCAUCUCCUCCACACCUUUUAUUUGGGCACAGGCCGCCGGGUGAUCUAUAAAUAUGGGAAGCUGUCGAAGCUGGCCGAGAUGCUCUAUGACACCACCAAGAUUGGCUUCACUUAUGAUGAGACAGCAGGCAUGCUGAAGACCAUCAACUUACAAAAUGAAGGGUUCACGUGUACCAUCCGCUACCGGCAGAUCGGCCCCCUGAUUGACCGCCAGAUCUUCCGGUUCACAGAGGAAGGGAUGGUGAAUGCACGCUUCGACUACAACUAUGACAAUAGCUUCCGGGUGACGAGCAUGCAGGCCGUGAUCAAUGAGACCCCGCUGCCCAUCGACCUCUACCGCUAUGAUGAUGUGUCGGGCAAGACCGAGCAGUUUGGCAAGUUUGGGGUCAUUUACUACGACAUCAACCAGAUCAUCACCACAGCGGUCAUGACACACACCAAGCACUUUGACGCCUACGGGAGGAUGAAGGAGGUGCAGUACGAGAUAUUCCGGUCCCUCAUGUACUGGAUGACCGUGCAGUACGACAACAUGGGCCGCGUGGUGAAGAAGGAGCUGAAGGUGGGGCCCUACGCUAACACCACGCGCUACUCCUAUGAGUAUGAUGCAGAUGGGCAGCUCCAGACGGUGUCCAUCAAUGACAAGCCCCUGUGGCGUUACAGCUAUGACCUCAACGGGAACCUGCACCUGCUGAGCCCCGGGAAUAGCGCCCGCCUCACCCCGCUCAGGUACGACCUCAGGGACCGGAUCACCAGGCUGGGUGAUGUCCAGUACAAGAUGGAUGAGGACGGCUUCCUGAGGCAGAGGGGCGGCGACGUUUUUGAGUACAACUCGGCCGGCCUGCUCAUUAAGGCAUACAACCGGGCCAGCGGGUGGAGCGUGAGGUACCGCUAUGACGGGCUGGGGAGGAGAGUGUCCAGCAAGACGAGUCACGGCCACCACCUCCAGUUCUUCUAUGCGGAUCUGACCAACCCCACCAAGGUCACCCACCUAUACAACCACUCCAGCUCUGAGAUCGCAUCCCUCUACUAUGACCUCCAGGGGCACCUGUUUGCCAUGGAGCUCAGCAGCGGAGAUGAGUUCUACAUCGCCUGUGACAACAUCGGCACCCCCCUGGCAGUGUUCAGUGGGACCGGCUUGAUGAUCAAGCAGAUCUUAUACACUGCUUACGGGGAGAUCUACAUGGACACCAACCCAAACUUCCAGGUCAUCAUCGGCUACCACGGUGGCCUCUAUGAUCCGCUCACCAAGCUCAUCCACAUGGGAAAGAGAGAUUAUGAUGUGCUGGCGGGCCGCUGGACCAGCCCAGACCACGACCUGUGGAAGCGCCUCAAGAGCAACAAUAUCAUGCCCUUCAACCUUUAUAUGUUUAAAAACAACAACCCCAUUAGCAACUCUCAGGACAUCAAGUGCUACAUGACCGAUGUCAACAGCUGGCUACUUACCUUUGGAUUCCAGCUGCACAAUGUAAUUCCUGGAUAUCCCAAGCCGGAUACAGAUGCCAUGGAACCAUCCUACGAGCUGAUCCAAACACAGAUGAAAACCCAGGAGUGGGACAAUAGCAAGUCCAUCCUAGGAGUGCAGUGUGAGGUGCAGAGGCAGCUGAAAUCCUUCGUCACCCUGGAACGCUUCGAGCAGAUCUACGGUUCCCAUAUCGUCGGCUGCCAGCAAUCCCAGGAGACAAAGAAAUUCGCCUCCAGCGGCUCUAUCUUCGGCAAGGGAGUAAAAUUUGCCAUGAAAGAUGGUCGCGUGGCCACCGACAUCAUCAGCACAGCCAACGAGGAUGGUCGGAGGAUUGCCGCCAUCUUGAACAAUGCCCACUACCUGGAGAACUUGCACUUCACAAUCGAGGGGGUGGACACACACUACUUUGUGAAACCAGGGCCCUCAGAGAGUGACCUGGCCAUCUUGGGCCUCAGUGGGGGGCGACGGACCCUAGAGAAUGGGGUGAAUGUCACAGUUUCCCAGAUCAACACAAUGCUCAAUGGAAGGACUAGACGCUACACAGACAUCCAGCUCCAGCACGGGGCACUGUGCUUGAACACCCGCUACGGGACAACCCUGGAUGAGGAGAAGGCGCGAGUGCUGGAGCUGGCCAGACAGAGGGCGGUGGGCCAGGCCUGGGUCCGAGAACAGCAGAGACUACGGGAAGGGGAGGAGGGCAUCCGCUCCUGGACAGAGGGGGAGAAGCAGCAGGUGCUGAGCACCGGGCGGGUGCAAGGCUAUGAUGGAUACUUUGUCAUCUCGGUGGAGCAGUACCCAGAACUGGCUGACAGUGCCAGCAACAUUCACUUCAUGAGACAGAGCGAGAUGGGCAGAAGGUGACAGAGAGGGUCCGAGCGUUAGCUUCUUGCCAAAGACAGCUACUCUCUUGUGGCCGCUUACCUGACUGUGUUGUACUCGGGAAAAAUGAAAAAAAAAAAACAAAACAAACAAAAAAACAAACAAAAACAAAAAAAAAGAAAAAAAGAAAAAAUUUUUCUUAAUGAGCGCAGAAAAGGAGAAAAAAAAAGAGAUUGGUUGCACGGUAACUCAUGCAACAUCCUUUCUUUUUUUUUUUAAUUUGGCCUUCACACGUUUUUUGCAAAGAACAGAAGGUAUUAUUUUUUCCCUUAGUGUGAUCAAAGUGAAAACUUUCCUGUCUCUUGUUCCUUUUUUUUUUUUUUACUGUUGUGAUUUUGGGUCGUCUUUUCUUUUCUUUUCUUUUCUUUGUCUUUCUCCCUUGGGAGACAUUUCCAGAUGAGUGGGUCAGUGUCUUUUCCUAAGUACUUGGUCAGUCGGAAGUGAGCCCAGAGUGUGUGUGUGUGCUACCUGGUCCUAUUCCCAGGCCGGGCUUUUGAAAAUUAGAGGGAAAGGUGGGAUGGGAAGAGAGAGAGAAGAAAACCACACCCCAGUGCACUUACUUAAAGUUUCCAGGGGUCAAGGCUGGGUCCACUGGGUGGGAGUAGUGGGGAGGGGGGUCCUACUGCAUCUCUGAAUCCUUGGUAGGGCCCUUGUGCCUCCGUGUGACCUCUGCCCAGUAUUCUGUGCCUCUGGAAACCUGAAAACCAGCAUGUCCCUUUGCUGGAGGCCAAGGUGACAUUCAGUACCCUUCCCCAUGGGCCGAAGGCUACAGACCCAACUUUAGAUCUUGAAACCACAUAUGGAAGACCACCACCAUCCCCUCCAACCCCUGCCCCUACUUGCAAAUCUCAUUAAGCUUUUCAGCUAGGAAAGGUUUUUCCACUUGCUUCCCACUUAGUGACGGAGCAAUACAAUAGCAAUCAUAAGACCCGAGUGUGAAUCCCAGUUCUGCCACUGAUGCAGGCAAGUCACUCACCCUCUCUGGGCCUUGGAUUCCUCCUCCAUAAUAUGGGGAUUAGACUAGAUCAUCUCUAAAUCUUCUUCCAACACUAACAUUCCAUGAGUCUAAGAACUCAGAGCUCAAGACCGAACGCUCCCGGGGUGUUAGGUGCUAGAUGUAGCUAACGCCUCAUGAAAUCAUUCAUGUUCCUUAUUUUUUGAGGUCAUGGCCUCUUGUCAUUGUUGGGUUCCCCAUCUGGUUCCAUUAUUCCCCACAGCCAGAGUUGAGACUAGUUUUAGGUAACUAGAUGAGCCUAGAGGGAAACUCAAGGAGAGGGUGGGCUGAUGUACCAAUAAGGGAAACCCCCUGCCACAAGCAGAGGCCCUUGGACACAGUAGGUGCUUAAUAAAUGUUGAUUGUAAUGAAAUGAUAGAGGUGGCAGUGGAGUUCAGAACUUGCCAUCCUUCUCAAAGUCCCCUUAAUGAGUCCUGGCUGGGGUGGAGGGAAAAGAAUGGGGAAUAAGGAGACAUUAGGAAGAGGUGGAGUAGCAAAGGGAUCUUCCUGACACCUAGGUGCUAGUCCCAAAUAGGAAGAUAGAUGUGGUGGGAUCCAGAAAGAAAGGCUUUAUUCAGUGGAAUGCAGAGAGGCAAAAUGCUUAGGGAGAGGGGGGGAGGGGGAGGGAGAAUGUCUUUCUGAUAAACUGAUCAAGGGAGAUCCCUAAGCCAGAAACGACAUUGGCUAUCCCUGAAAGUUCAGAAAAGUCUGGCCUAUGGCAGGCUAGCUGGGUGGCCACCUAUGAGUGCUGUGGAAUGGGUCAUGAAAUCAUUAAUGCUGGGGGGAGGGGGGAAGCAUUCCUGGACAUAGCUCUGGCCGACAGGCCCCCUAGAGGCAAUUUGCACAGCAGAAGGGACUGGAGUCCUAGGACCUGGGUUUAAACUGCUAUCUCACCUGUGUGACACUGAGCAAGUCAUUUCACAACUUUAGAACCUCAGGUUUUUCAUUUGUAGAGGACUGUCCGGUGGCUUGAAACCCCUUUCAGCUCUAUAUCCCAUAGCUUCCCACACACACACACUUUUUUUUUAAAAGAAAGACCACCUGCUGAAAACCUUACUUAACAUGUCAACAUGCUUUGUACUGCUGUGCUCCAGCAAUCUCCCACCCUCCAUGAGCCCAGCCACCCUCCCUGUGGGUUCCCACCAGUCAGAAGAAGAGCAACCCAGCAGAAAGAGAAACAAGUUUCCCCAUGGACUACUCCUCCCCCAGGAGAUGUUUUAUAGCCAUGCCCUUUGGGGAGGGGCAGUGUGGGACAGCUAGGAUUUGGGUGGCCAGAAGCUGUUGGGUAUCCGGGAAGUGGUUGAGUUAGAGAGACCUCAGCUUCCCCUACUCUGCGUGCAUGUGUGUGUGUGUGUGUGUGUGUGUGGGUAUGUGUGUUUGCUGUCAGCAAAGGGUUCCUUUCCUUGUUCACACACUUCAUCGCCGUGGCCAUCAAUGGGGGGUGGAGGGCAGGAGGAGAUGCUACCACCUUCUUUUGGGGGACUGGUUGUUGAAAAACGGGCCUUUUGUGGUUGCAAAUGGCUUUCAUUUACAUUAAGUGUGGAAAAUGGAUUUCAAGUCUGAGCUAUUCCCAGUGGAAACCUUGUUGGACUGAUAAGCUCUCGGUACCUUUAUAGCCUUACUCACGGGGUCUUCAGAUUAUUACACGAGCUAAUGAAAGCAGGCCUGUCUCACAAUUUCCAAAAGCCUGUGCACCUUGUAGUCUGUGCUAGGCCAAGAACUGGGGGCCAGUUCAGGCCUGCCUGAUAGAAGAGGGAUUUCUUUGCCUUAGGUUUUCAGGUGGGAGGGGCAGAGGUGAGAGGUUGUGUUUAACUGGGUGCUCUUUGGGUUAAAGAACAAAACAAACACAGAAGUCACGCUACUGUGAAAAUGGACUUUGGGUCUGUCCACCUAUUUCACUGCCACCUCUAAAUCCAGAGCUCUGCUGAAUCACAGGACAGUCCAUGAACGCUGCAGUCCCUUCUCUAGGGGAUCAGUGCCAGCCAUCCAAGCUGGAGACCUGACUCUCUGUCUAGCCAUAUCUGCUUUAAGGUACAACAAGAUGGGACCUGAUGAAACGGGACAAAAUGCAAAUUGAUUUGGAUGGGGGAGCCAAGAAACCUGGGUUCUGGUCCCAGGUCUGUCACUGACUCGCUCUGUGACCUGGGACAAGUCAUUUCCCCUCUGGGGACCUGGGGACUCUAUAAAGCGAAGGGAUUGUACUAGAUGAUCUGUCUCUGAAGUUCUUUCCUGCUCUGACGUCCUAUGGAUCUAUUCUUCUUGCUCAGAAAAAUGCCAAGUGUGCUACCAUUCCUUCAUGCCCACCCUCCCCCAACCUUUGUGGGCCAGUGACUAAGGCACUGACAUUCCUUUGCCAAAGACAUAAAUAUCUGAAGUCCCACCAUGUUUAUUUUAGCCUUUGGUUUGGAAACACUGGAAAGUCUCUUGCAUGAAGUGAUUAUCCAUUGUUUCUUUUCAGCUACAUAAUGGAAGAGCAGACUUGUGCUGCUUGGUACUAAGAUCAAAACAGGCUGGGAAAUAAUAACAGGAAGGCAGAGAAGGAAGCAUGUUCUACCAAUUCAAGCUGUCUCACAAUGAAAUGGGCUUCCUCACUGGGCAGUGAGUUCCCCAUCCCUGGAGGUCUUUAAGCUGAGGCUGGCUGACGUCUUACAAGGAAUUGUGUAGAGGUUGCUCCUGUUCGGUUAGAGGUUAGACUGGAUGAUCCCCAAAGAUUAUUCUCCUUCUGGGUUUUUGUCAUUUGUGAUUCUGAUACAUGGUAAAGGAGCAUUAGCAGCUCUAAAAAAGAACAGAAAGACCUGAGCAUGUGGGGGGUGGGGGGGAGGGAAAGGCCUAAGAGGUUAUCCUGCCACCCACUCCCCUCUAGGAUAGUCAGAAUUACCCAGCAGGCACAUGCUGCCAGUUAUUGGAAAAGCCACUUGUUGGCUCCACACCCUUUUGAGUUACCUUGUCCUGAAAGGUGGUGAAUAGUUCACUAUGAACUGCUUGCUCCAUUACCACAUUGGCCUGUAACCAGCGACACAUUUUUAUGGGAUGGCCAACCAGGUUUUUAUACAUAGUCUACAAGCCUGGAAAAUAACUCUAUAGGCAAACCUAAAAAUCCCAGCCAUAGAGUUGAUCCAUGACCCAGGCUUUAUAAGGAUGGGACUCAGUCCAAAGUUAAGCUAGAUCAGAGCUUUCACAAAAUACAUUAGGGCUGCCCCAACAGUACUGAAUUUUUGUCACUAGAGAUCUUUCAAGUGAAGACUGUAUAAAACACCUGAGGAUGGGGAAGCCAUAGGAAAUAUUCCUCUUGUAUGGGUUAUUUAGACUAGAUAACCUCUAGGACCCUUCCAACUUGAAUAGUCUAUAAUAUUCUCCAUACCCUGGUCAGUUCAGUUCUGAGGCAAAGAACCUCCUUUGGUUGACACGCGCUCUUAGCUAGUUGCACUGUGUUGAUCCCUGACCAGAGAAGGAAGUUAACUAUAGAAUGAUCCCUCCAUCCCGCACCCCCAACCCACCCCCAUAUACCCCUCUAAUCCUGUACCUCUUGGGGAGGACCUUGCCACAAAGGUAUUCCUUUCCAUUGGUCUCACUGAGUAAGACCUUAGUUUUUCCCCAAAACCUUUUUAGUCAGGGGAGGAGUGGUUUAUUUUAUCCAGAAGCCAGAAGACAACCUUCAAACUUCAGAGGCUGGGAAGGUAGCAGAUAGUGAAGCAAGUUAAGCCAUCCUGCUAUCAGAUAGGGGCCCUGCCGCUCAUCCCUCAAAGAUACUAGCUGACACCAGAGCCCUAGGAGCCACCAAGAGACCCCGUAUUUCAUUUCUACAUUAAGAAUAAAUGAUGUGAAGCUACCCCAAAGAAACCGGGAGACAUUGAGAACCUAACAAGGCUGCUAUGAAACACAGGUUCUUGUUUCAUUGAGGGGAUCAUGGGCAAAGGUGAGGAGGGGAGAAGGAAGUGUUUGGUCUAUUACAGACAUGAGGAUAAAUCAAAAAAUAUUUUUUAAAAAAAGAAUGAAGGUCCUUUUCAGCUGUGACUUCUGAGUGUCACCCUGAUGGAUUGCAGAGAGAUCCCUUAUACAGAGACAAGGCUCUUUACAUGAAAUUUUAUAAUUUGAUUUUAUGAUCUCUAGCGAGGGCACGUCAUGUUUGCAGCAAUCUGUUUUGCUUCAGCCAGUGCCUAAUUGAAACUUGGGCACACAGGCUUCACGCUGGUCAGCCUCAAGGCAGCAGUGGAGGAAGAAACGCUCAAUAUCCAUCAGGUUUCUGGUUCUGUUUGUGGGGUACAGAACCUAAUUUGAAUUGGUUCAGCCUGCCUGCUGUGCCUGAGCCAGGCCUGUGCAUUUGCCAGGGUUUGGGCAGGGGGACAGAUGUCUCAGGGCGGUUGAUCUCCAAUCUCUUUGACAGCAGCUGGCCCUUUGAUGAGAUGUACCAGAGCCCGUGGUUUGAAGCAGCCAAGACCUUUUCCAAGUCUGACCUUUUCUGAGGGUCAUUCUUAUCUCCCUGGGGAUAGAAGGACCUUUAUUUGGGGUAUAUGAGUCAGUCAAGUUUACUUAUUUGUCCCAUGGGAAUAAAUAUCUCAUAGGGGAGGGAGAACAAGUUUUUGGUAGGUAAAGGGUCUUUCAUUUAACCUUUGGUAGCAAAUUCUAGGAGCUUGGGUGACAUCAUCAACUCUGCUAUAUAAUUUCCAUCUUCCACUUUACCUUUGAAACCAACUUGUUUAUAAGAGGCAGAUGGGUACAUGAAUAGAUGGGGGCCUGGUGAGAUUCCCCAGUUCCAUUACUAAGUGGUAUCAAGGUAAGCUUAAAGUGACAGAUGGUAGUGAAAUGGAUGGGGGGUGGGGGACGUGCAGGGCAGAGGCUUGGGGUCAGAAAGGUGUUUUCUUAACCCCACUGCUGAGCCUUCCAGCUGCCCGGCUUCCCUCAAGAAAGUGUAUCUAUGCCUGGAUGCCUCCCAAGGGACUCCAGGACACAUCCUGGGAGGGACACCAGAUGGACCACAAGAAAACUGAACUCACAGCAGCUCUGGCCCAAAAGGAGGCACAGGUGGAGGGCCGCAGCCCCUCCCUGAGAAAUCAAAACAUGGAAUCCCCUUUUCUAACCUGGCCUACUAAUUUUGCGUGAGGACUUCUGAAUCUGCAGCUUGGAUGAAAGAGACUUUGCGUCGGAGCUGCCUUGUGAAAACCCACACUGGAGACCCCAGCAUUGCUGCGUGUAAUAGUUUUCCUGAAGUCUGGAACUAAUUUUGAGAAAUUUUUUUUUCUCGACACCUUGUGUUUCUAACACUGUAUUCUUGACUGUGUAAAUACCGGGCAAGGUUGUAAAUAAAUGCAGAUGUAGAUACCUUCUAGAAAAUCAAAAACAACAAAAACAAAAAACAGAAAGUGAUCCUGUGUAGCCUUCGGUGACAAAUAAAAGAAUAUUUUGUGUUUAAA